UACUGCUUACCGGGUCUUAUAGCUCUUGAUCUAAGUGGUAACAUAACAGUAGGAGUUUCCACAUCAGGAGCACCCUUCAAAUCUCCAGGGCGGGUGGGAGAUUCUCCACUUCCAGGCUGUGGUCUAUAUGCUGACCAUACAGUGGGAGCCGGCCGCAACAGCUACAGGUGAUGGAGACAAAAUCAUGUGUUAUUGCCCAAGCUUUCAUGUUGUGCAGCUGAUGAGACAAGGUUCAUCUCACAAUGAAGCCUGUCACGCUGUGCUUGCCGGCAUUCAGAGGAGAACAAGCGGUGAUAAAUGCUUUGAAAUUGGGCUUAUUUCUUUGAAUAUGAAGGGAGAGGUUGGAGCUGCAUCCUCAGUGGAAUUUCCAUACACGCUCUGGAACCAAGGGUUGAGUUCGGUGGAAAAGCUAGUCAUUAAGUGUUAG